GGUGAUCACAAACCGUGAAGUAAAAACCAUCAUAAAAGCCCUCGGUCGAUAACAAGUCUGUCACAUGCACAGUGGCCGCCGCUGAGCUGUUGACAAACAUCAGGCUUUCAACUUGCCCAAAGCAACUCGAGAUGCUCAAUGACUGUAGGCCGAACUGUGAAAAAUGACCGAAGUUGCAAGAAAUUCUUCGACGGGACGUUUGGUUGAUGGCGAUAUGGACGGCCCGGACAGUCCUGGAUCACUUAUCCAUCGACUUCAUGAUGGGGUCAUGAGAGCCAUUCGUCCUGGCUCGUACGCAAGCAUUCACAGCGAUGACAUUGAAAUGAAUAUGACCUCCAGUGAUGUAGGUGGAUCUCCUACUACAGGGCUCGUCGGGUUCGGAACGUCUGCAGAUAAUAUGGACGUCAAGUACAAACCGUAUAUGACGAUCGUCCCGUCUGAGAGCGAAGAUGUCAUCCUGGACAGCCUGAGAUCCCAGUGGGCCUUGAAACUUCCUAGGCUCCUCAUCUGCAUCCUAGGGGGUAAAGAUUCUGAUAUGAAGUAUGACUUGGAGAAAGUAAUCUGUAAAGGUCUUGUUCAGACAGUUCUGAGUACGGAUGUUUGGUUGUUCACGAGUGGACUUCAGCGUGGAUUGAUAAAGAGCAUCGGAGAGGCUUUGGCUGAGCAUGCUACUGGUCGCGCUAUAAUCAAGAACAGAGAUCUCGUGGCAGUGGGCGUAGCACCGCUUGGUAUUCUAAAACAAAAAGAGAAGUUUAGACAACAACACAAUAAACAGUGUAUUCCAGUUAUACAGUUGGACUAUUCUGCACAAGGGAGCAGUCUCAAACUGGAACCAAAUCAUACUCACUUCAUCUUAGUGGAUGACAAAGGACAGGAACGUGGUAUCGAGGCCAAGGCGAGGAACCGACUGAUCAACAAGAUAUCAACUAUGAAGAUAGAAGGAACACAUGACAGCAAUGCAAGAAUUCCUGCUGUGUAUCUCCUCAUCGGCGGUGACGUCACGGUCUUCGAUACUCUUGAGGAUGCCACCGAACACAACAUUCCGAUCGUUGUCUUUCAUAAAACCCAAGGGGCGGCCUUCGUACUGGAUGAAAUCAGUUUCCUGCAAAAGGAGCACCAUGAUUCGGAUCAUGACUUCGACAAAGAAGCCAUACAGUGUAUUAGAGAGGAAUUCCAACUAAGCUCUCAAGCGGCAAGGCCCAUCAAAGAGCAGAUUGAACGCCUUAUCGAAAAGAAGCACCUUAUCACUUUCGUAUCAGAUGCGAACAAUAUUGAUGGUACAAUACUCGAUGCAUUAAUGGAAGCAAACAGUGAAGGACAGCAAAGCAACGACCAGAUGUUGAUGAGUCUUGCUGUCAUCUGGGACCGGAUAUACCUUGCCAAGUCUGUGUUUGAGCGAACCACCAGCAAGAUUUGGCAGGACACCAGCUUUGUGAAGGAAUUACUACACUUAACUCUUGUCGAAGACCAGCACGACUUUGUCAAGUUCUUCAUCGAAGCCGGAAGAGUUGAUAUGCAGGACUUCCUGUCAUUCGAUGAGCUGAGGAAACUUUAUGGAGAGCUGAGCAAAGACUCUGUUGUGUCGACAAUGCUAAGACGGUUCAAAAAGAAAAGGGUGAAUCGCUUCAGCCGUAGUGCUGAACUUUGUUCCGUCUCUGAUGAUCAGCCGGAGAUUUGUCUGGGAGACGUUGGGUGUCUCCUUCAGGAGCUGAUAUGUGAUGGUUAUGACACAGACUAUCUGAGUUGCAGUACACAUUACAAAGCAAAGAAGAAAAAAGAGAAAACUUUCGAGGACCCAUAUAAAGAGUUAUUUUUGUGGGCGGUGCUUCAGGAUCGUAUCCGAUUGGCUAAGCUAUUUUGGAAGCUUGGCAAGCCGUCGGUGGGAGGCGCUUUAGUUGCAAGCAAGCUCCUGAAGGCAUUAUCCAACCAACAGGAAGUAACUGAUGCACAAAAAGCGGCGAACAUGUACCAGCAUGCCAAGGAAUUCCAGCACAUCGCCGUGGAUAUCCUAAACAUGUGCUAUGAGGAGGACAGACGGCGUACAUCGGACCUGUUGGUGCGUAUCAUGCCAGAGUGGGGCGGUGCUACCUGUCUGGAUAUCGCCGCUGCUGCCAUCAGUAAAGACUUCAUAUCGCAAGCUGCCGUACAGAAUCUACUCAGCGAGCUCUGGAUGGGACGGCUGGCCGUCAUGACUCAUGAGUUGAAGAUUGGUCUGUGUGUCAUCCUUCCUCUGUUGUCAAUAUGGCUGAUCACCUUCACUGACGAUAAAGAUGACUCAACUGAUGCGCUGAAAAAGAAAAGGAAUUCAGUGUGUCUUCGUGGUUCAGUUGGGACGCUGAACAAAAGAGAAAGCGCCAUCAGACAGCAUAUGCUACAAGCCAGUCCACUUAAAGAAGGAUGGGAUCCUCUCUCUUGGUUGCAUAGGCUGAAAAUGUUCUUGGAGGCACCAGUUGUACGCUUCAGCUACAAUGUGAUUUCCCAGGUUUUGUUCCUGCUGCUGUUUAGCUACAUCAUGCUGACCAACUUCCAUCAGGAGGUCUCAGGCUGCGAGAUUGUUCUCAUGGUGUGGGUCUUCACACUCUUCACUGAUGAAAUACGACAGAUAUUGCAGGAGAAGCACAAGUUACUGCUGCAUCGUUUCCAAGCCUGGCUGUGGGGCUAUUGGAACAGUGUUGAUCUGAUCUCCCUGGUCUUGUUCGCUGUUGGUGUGGGUCUGCGAUUCCAUCCAGCCACUUUCGAUGCUGCGCGCAUUGUGCUGGCUCUGGACCUCAUGGUGUUCUACUUCAGAAUUCUCCACAUCUGCUCCGCUAGUAAGCUUCUGGGUCCGAAACUGAUCAUGAUCACAAAGAUGCUGUUAGACCUGACCAGCUUUGUCUGUAUACUGGCGGUGUUUCUGAUUGGCUAUGGAGUAGCCUGUCAGGCCAUACUCUAUCCAAACUCCACCCACCCGGCGAGCAUCGCUAGAGGAGUCUUGUAUCGAUCUUAUUUCCAGCUGUAUGGACAACUCUUCUUGGAGGACGUCGAUAGUGACUGCGCUGCGAACCAGACCCAGAUUGCAGAGGGUAUGGAUUCCUGUCCCCAAUCCUCCUGGUUUGCUACGAUCAGCUUGGCCGUCUACCUGUUUAUCAGUAACAUCUUGCUUCUUAACCUCCUCAUUGCUAUGCUGAACUACACCUUCACAGCGAUUCAGGAAAACACUGACGCAUACUGGAAGUACCAGAGAUACCAGUUAAUCAAGGAAUAUUACCGGCGACCCCCGAUCGUUUCACCUUUCAUCUUGGCUGCUCAUCUGUAUCAACUGGUACGCUACGUGUGGGAUCGCUACUUUCCUGAAUGCAAAAUGUACAGGGCUCCGAAUCUCAUUAGAAAGAAAAUGGAGGCCAGGGAGGCCGCAGAGAUGACCGCCUGGGAGAAGGUAAACUGUCGAGAUUAUCUGGCCGAGAAGAAGAAGGCAGAGAGCGAGGCGACAAACGUGAAACUGGAACAAAUGCAAAAGAAGCUGCGAGACCUUUCCGACACGAUAUAUGAUUACUUUGAUGAUGGCCGACUCAACCGAUCUUUCGAGAAUGUGAUAAAGAAACAUGUGGGCAACGACACGGGUCACCGUUUAUCCAGAUCUCAGGAUCAGGUGAGUUUCGAAUACCCUGAUGAGCGACAUGAAUCUUAUGAAGCCCGGAGCCCCAGGGUCAGCCCAAGUAAGUUUAGGGACCCAUCAUCUACCAGCACACCGAAGAAAAGAACGCUCCCAAAAUAAAACGGUACAUAGUUAAUAACAGAAACGGAGUGGCUGGUAGGGCACAAGCUUGGCCUAUACGUCCUAAGUUGGCUCUUAUCAAAUCUUAGGCCUAUACAACGUGGUCUAUGCCUAUUAUACGUACAGUUUUUGAAACAAACAUUUUUCAGCUACAUAUUUUAUAGCAGAAAUGGCAAGCGCUGGGGGGUCAUGAACAUUGACGUAUAUAUUUAGCAGAUGUUUUCCUGGUCAAUUUUGGAAAGAAGGACGUUUAAUAAUAAUGAUCCAAUUCAAUUUCGUUUGAAACUGAAAGCUGUUUUACAUUAACAUUCAUUGGUAAAAUGGAUCUGAGUCAUUCCAUGUCAUUGCUUGAAACAAUGAGACACAUAAUGUUAUCCAAAUUCGAGGUGCCGAAUGGGUGAUAAUAUGGAAUUUGUUGGCAAAAUUAGGUUGACAUUCUUCUAAGCUUCACCUGUUUUUUGUUAGAUUCGGUUUUGUUAAACACCGUUUUGUUAUAUUGUAUGUGAACUGUUAUCUCUUACGUCUGAGGAAUUGGGACAAUGGUUUUCAUGUGAUAAAAAUAACCCCGAGGACCCAAGCCAAGUCCUGGGCAGAUGUUCGUGUACAAACCGUAUAGGAGAUGUUGAGAACAGUUUUAAGUACAAAAAAAGAAGGUAAUGAUAAGUGAUCAUCAUGUGUAUAGCAAACAAUGACUUUCGUAUUUGCUUUGUUCACUUGUUUUGUUUUGCUUUCGCAGUUGAAAAGCCUGUGGAAAGUCUAUAGCUUUUUGGCUAUCCGUCAGGAGUGUGUUUUGUAUUGCUUGUAUAUUCGUCCUUAUAACUCAUAUAGGCCUAUAACAUUCGAUGUUUUGUUUUUAACUGAUAUGUUAUCAUUUUAUCCCUGCUGUGCACUGUUUACUUGUUUUUUUUUCCAAAUCGGUGUAUGUAUUGUAUUUGCCUGAAAUACUAUAUACUUAAUAAUAAAUAAUUAAGAAAGAAAAAUACUUUGUGAGUAGAAAUACGGAAAUUUGAUUGGAUAUAUAAUGAUGGAUUAUAGCAUGCUGUUAAAAAUCCAUUCUGCUUUCGUUAAUCUUUGCUGAUUAAUAAGCAACUCCUAGAAUCUAAACCAGGGUUUCUUUUACUCACUGACACAUGACUGUACGUGUGAGCCGGGCAAUGCUGUCGUACUGGGCUUACCCUGUAACGCUAAUGAAUGGGCUAAAUCUGGCCUGUUGCGCAGAUCAAAAUGCAUGGAAUAAAAACCUUCCAGGAUGUAGCCAUUCUGUACGCUCUACGACCAGAUUAAAUGGACUUACAUGUCUUGUUUUCUUCCAGAAAGGCAUCAUACAUUUUGUAAUUCAAUGCAUACUAGGGCCUACUCUUUCUAUAAGAAAGCUGCCCACAUAAAUCCAUCUUGACGUCUUUUUCUAAGUACUGUUAAGUAUUUCCAGUGUAGCAAAUUUGCACAGUAGUGAUUCAUUUUAAUGAUAUAUACGUAAUGCCCGUAUCGCUGGCCUAAUUUAGAAUAUAAAUAUAUUCCACGUAGUUUUUUUUAGCACUAUCAUGUACAGUACAAUUUGUUAAUACACAUCCGGGGAUACACAUGCCGUGUAAAUAUUAAGUGGGUUUUGAGUUAUCAUUUUCAUUUCAGACAUAGGCUGCGUAUUGUUUUACUGUUGCACGUAACUAGAAAAACCUAUACGUCACAUUAACAUGUUAUACUCAAGCUAUUAUGAUGAUAUAUAUUAUAUAGUAUAUACCUAUGGGUCACUUUGUUUUAGUGGAUAAUAAUUUUCGUAUCAUUGUAAAAAAAACACACCUGGUGUAAACCAUUCCGAGCACGCUAUCGCUGAGCACUCAAAGUACCGAUGCGCCCUCAAUGUCAAAAGCACUGUGCCAUUGUUAAGAUAAGCCGUACAUGUACAAUGCUUCUGCCAUUGAAGGGGGCUCCACGAGCGUACAUGAUGUCCUUGGAGCGGUCUAUAAUAUGUAACUUGUUAGCUGUGAGCUCGUAACAAAAAGCAAAUUGUGGAAAGACGAAAUUAUAAGUUUUUAAAAACAUGUUAUCUUUGGAAAAAGAUUUAGGAUGUUUCUACGACAACAACAAUAUACUGCUUUAUUUACUAUGCAAAGUUGUAUUAAUUUGUAAUUUUAUAGUACUAAGUUUGCAUUGUUGUAAGCCUUCAUUAUGUUUGCAAAGAAAGGUUUGUACAUAAAAUCUCAUCGACUCAGAACUGGAAUUAGUGUAUGAGCUAUAUUGGCACUCAGGCCGUGCAGUGGAAAUUCUGUGCGACUUUACUAUAGACUUGCCUAGUCUAAUAUAUUUUGUUAUUAAGUGUUAUUAGGCCAAAAAAAGUCUCCGGUUUCUGGUAUGGAGCUUGCCCAAAAAGUGGUGCGGCAACACGGCUUUUUUUGACCGUUUUUUCCCCUUCAAAUGUCGGCUGAUGACUGCAAAUUGUGCCCAACUAAACUUUGUGCAAGUAUAUGGGAGUCCAGAGAGGCCACAGAAAGUUUAUUCUCGAUCCUAACCCCAUCUUAAAACACGUUACAAUUGUGCAGCAGCAGGAUUCCAGUCAAACCAGUGAGUUUGGCGGUUUUGAGACAUCAUCUUUCAUUGAAAAAAAAAGUCAUUUUGCCGACGCGCAUGGCUACGGCGACGCGCGCGCAUGCCAGAAACCGGAGCCUCUUUUUUGGCCUUAGUGUUUUCCAAUAAUAAUCCUAGGGCCUACUGGUUUCUAAGGAACUGCCCACGUACUUUCAUAUUAAUUGACAUAUUUUUCUUAAGGUACCGGUAUUGCCUGUCCACCAGAUUUGCAUAGUAGUGAUUACUUUGUGAUAUUAUAUAUCUAAUGCUUUCAUCGUUGGCAUGAAUAUAAACCAUGCAUUUUUUUGCCAAUCAUGCACAGUACAUUUAUUACACGUUCGGGAAUACAUUUUAUGCCGUGUAAGUAAUAAAUGGAUUUUGAUUUAUCAAUUUAUUGUAAGCACAUA